GAUAAGGAUUUGUGUGAUGAGGAGCCUCAUCAGAGAAGCUGUUCAGCCACACGUCCUGACACAAAAAUGUGGAUGCAAAGAUGUGGACGACGCAAGCCUGAGGUUUUGGACAGUGACAAGACAACUUGGCAUAGAGAGGAGGACGAAGAGAAGCAGAGGCCACAGACACUGCGGAUCAGGCUGAUGGAUUCUUUCUCUGGAGAUACAGAAGAAAACACUGAGGACAUUCCAGGGCGUAAAAAGUCUAAGCUGAAGUCUCUGAAAUCUCGUCUCUUCGGGAGGAGCAAGAGAGCAGGUGGAGAGGUAAACACCAAACUCAGCCAGUCGGUCAGUGACAUCACUGCAGAAAAGGGACUCGGAUCAGAUGAAGAUUUGGCAUGCUCCCAAGGAAUGAUGGGAUCCCGAGCAUUUUCCCAUGAUAGCAUCUUUUUGGCGGAUUUGGUCCUGUCAGACGCUGAGCCAGCCAGGGUCUUAUCCCAAGAGAACGUUCACAGCAAGAUCAAAGCUUUGCAGAUAAAGCUUCAGCAGCAGAAGUUGCAUUUGGGGCCACCUCCUCUGGUUCUGCCUGUCAGACGUCCAGAGGAGCUCUGCAACCGCUCAGAGGAUGACAGUCUUCCUCACAGCCCCACUAAAAUCUCGAGAUGUGACGUCACAACCCAGGGAGCCCUCAGCAAGACCGUCUCCCAGCCAUUCUGUCGUCCACUCUCACCCAUCCUCAAACCUGCAUCCACUAAAUCUGUGCCCCCGACUCCAUCCAAUAUCUUUCCUCUUUCUGUCUCUUCCAAUCCCUCUCCUUCUGUCGUUGAGCCCCCAUCGGACUUCAGUUCUCCAGUCCAGUUUACUCCCUGCCUGGACACGUCUGCUGCACGCCACCGGAUGUCUGUUAAGCCCAAGAACCAGAGGGCCAGCACCAAGAAGAGGCUCGCUGCACCUGAUUCUCAUUUACACAUGCUGAACAACAUUGACCACCCUGAGCCCAUGAAAGAAGAAGAGCAAUGGUUUAGUGCUAAAGAGGAGGUGACACUGGAAAAAGAACAAGGAGGGGUCAAAACUCCUAUUACAUCUCAACGACUUUCUUCAAAAUCCCCAGAACUAGUGUCGAUCACAUCAGAGGCAGCACCCAAAUCAUCCAGUCUUCCUUUUUCCCAACAGGACCACGUUCUUCCUGGGAGAUCUCCCUCUAUAUCCUCCCAAAUACUUAGAGUUAAGCCUCAUAGACAUGGAAAUGUAACGCUGAGUGAACGGCCACACUCAUCCUUCAUACCGUCAGAGCUGAAGGAAAAGAGAGAGGGCCUGGGGGAGUUUGAAAUACAGGUCAUGUCCCAUGACAAGAGGAAUAGUCUAAACAAGGCUGAUAUAAACUCUAAAGAAGUCUCCUCCAACAAACUCUCCACUAGCUUGGGCUCAUUGGUGGCAUCCAGGUCUUCCUCUGUUUGCCAGCAGGUUCAAGGUGAACCAGAGAACAAUAUAGGAAUAAAGAGACCCUCUACAGGAUCUGGGUCCUUUCAUUUCUCCAUCACCUCUGCCAAAAACCGAGAUGGUGAGAGACCCCGAUCAAGCAGUUUUGUGGGAGUGCUGGAGCAGGUUGGGACCUGGCCGAAGACCGUAGAAGGAGCAGAGGAUACACCCCCUCUUAGCAUGAAGGAAAAAGAGGGACAUAAAGACUUACAGCCCACAGGGGGCCCUAUUGCUGUGGGAAGACUGAGACAAGAGGGAGCUCUGCACAAAAGCUCAGUUCUUCCAUGGGACAGGAGGGACAGUCUGAAAAAAGUAGAACCAGUGACAACAUCUAAAAAUGUAAUCACAGAUGCAGGCGCUUCAGAGGCGGAGGAGCUGGAGAGCAGUCAGGAGUUGGUGGAAGAGGCGGUAGAAGCAAAGGAGCAGCAGGGAGAAGAAGGAAAGACAGCGUUUGGUGUUAAACUGCGCUCCACAUCUCAGUCUGUGAGAUUUCGGUCUGACGCUCCUUCCAACCAUCAUUUGAAGCCACUGAUAUGUGAGGAGCAAUGUGACAAACAAAAAACACAGGAAAUAAGUAAUAAUGCCAACUACAUGUCUAAAAAAUUGCCAACAUCCACUUCUGGAGACCUCAGGCUGACAGAUCCAACCCAAUCUGGCUUCUCCCUUCCAGUCAAGAAUAACCCUCCAUCUAGCGGUGAUCCUCCCACCACACGCAAAGAAGUCCAAACAACUUCAAAAGAAGUAGAAGCUGCCCUCGCAGCCUCUCAGGAGCCCCAGCCUGCUCCUCAAACGGCCUCAUCUGAGGUGUCCUGGAUGAGCCUGGCGAUGGAAAAGACCAGAAGCCUCCAACAGCUUUUCACUAGUAGAUUUCCCAGAGACUUUACAGGCGGGCAGGCAGUGGCUCGACCACAAGUGCAAGUGCAGCCAACAAAUCAAACAGAGACAUCGACUGGGGAACAAGUAGAGACACAGACUGUAAAAUUACAACAAAGUACGACACCUCUGCUGGCUGCAAAUCAGCCAUUAACUGAUACAGUCAAAGCAGAAACAGUUCAAAGUAGAGGCCAAUCACUGACUGCCAAAUCAUCAGUUAUGCAAACUGUGCAAGAAAAGAUGUCAACAACAUCUCCUAGUCAGUCAAACACCUCUAAAGAACCGCAAAUGUCAAAACAAGUCAAUGAACCCCAAUUACACACAAGUACAGCUCAGCCUGUCUCAAACUCUGUGUCUCAUUCAGCUGUACAGACAAACCUAUGGACAACCCAGUCUCCCUUACGCUCUUCUCCACAAACAGUAACCACAUCUCAGUUUGCACAAGCAAGUGCCACUCAGACUCUUGCACAAUCUUACCUUUCCUCAGGCCAGCAGCAACCCCCCUGGAGCAAUCGGAGUCUCCAACCCCCCAGCCAGCCCAAAUCCACAACUUCAGCUGCGACCUCAGUUUCUACCACCUCAACAGCCACAGCUCCGUCUCCACUGUCUGCCUUGGGAAGAGGGGAAAGAGCAGUCACUGUGCUGGAAAAAGAGAGCCCAUCACUGUUAGGGAAGCGGGCAGUUUGGGCUGGGUCAAUAAACGAGAAGGCUGCUUUUUUGGAGAAACGGGCAGAGUGGACCAAUCUUUCUGGAACCAAGGGGGUUGAAGGGAAGAAAGCUCAAACAGACACACAGACAUCAGGUGAAUCCCCUUCUUCAGUUAAAACCACACCUCUAAGCAAAGACACAAACCUGGAGGAAAGACAAGGAGUGAACCUUGCAGAGUCAAGUCCCACCAAAAUUCCAGAAAGGCCUCGUGAGGACAAAUGGCUGCGGAAAAAUGUGGGGUCUUCUUCAUCACCCUCGUCGUCACCUACACUGCCAUCAGCGUUGCAGUCCAUGUCGGAGAGUGGCCAGCCGUCCUGGAUGGAACUGGCCAAGAGAAAGUCGAUGGCUUGGAGUGAUAAGACCAUGGACUAAGAAGGAAAACAGACAGAUUUAAAGGGUGUGCACACAACACUUUGAACAGCCCUGCAGACAAAUACCUUGAUGAAGGUUUUUAUGUUGUAUUUUUAGUGGGACUGUCAGAAAGUGUUGAGUCAACUAAUUUAAGAGGAUGUAGGGCUGUUGUGUUUGUGUAUUGAAGUGUAUUGUAAAAUGUUAUUUUGAGAGACACAGAGAGAGUAUAUAUUGAAUAAACACAGUUGAUUAAAAUUCCUCUCUACCACAACCACUUUAAG